AUGAUUGUCUGGCUUGUCCUAACUCUACUGCUAUUGCUUGGAUUCCGCCGGGUGGUGCUCCCACCACGGAGUUUCCCCUCCAAUAUCCCUACCAUUCCUUUCUACGUCUCAUUUCUCCCUUUAAUAACGGGAUGGGACCAAACUCAAGUAUACGAAAAGUACUUGAGAAAGCCGUUUGAAACCCAUGGUACCGUCAAUCUUUACUUUGCUGGCCGCUGGAACGUCGUUUUCGCUCGUCCUGACUACGUGCUUACGUUAUGGAAACAUGUGGAUAAAUUUACGAAAUCAGGCAACCAACACAAGAUCCCGUACUCGGUGCUUGCUCACUACACUGGUGAUAAUAUCAUCAGUGCUCACGGUGACGCCUGGAAGCUAUACCGUCGCAUUAUGGCACCGGCUAUCCAAAACCCUGACUGUUCCCAAAUUGCCACGAAUACCGCCGAUAUCGUCACCAAACUUGAUCAGCAACCAUUUGCACCACUACUACAAAACUUGGCGUUGACAAAUGUUGCUGAACUGGUGCUUGGUGUUGAUAUUGAUAUCGAUUAUUGGCUGCCACAAAUUAACGGGAUCAAAAAAGUGAUCUUCAAACCGAUGUACAUGGCGUUCGCUUGGCUUGAUCUUAUUGUGCCGUCGAGAUGGCUAGUUAAACGGCAAAUCGCUCAGUUUAGACACGAUUUCACGCGAACUCUUACGACCAAUAGUCGUCAAGGUGGAGCCAUUGAUCGCCUCUACCAGCUGCUUCUCCACGACGACAUCACCGAAAAGCAAUUUGAGGAUAAUGCCAUUAUCCUAAUGGUUGCCGGCCACGAAAACCCUUUAUUAUUCAUGUUUUCGCUACUCUAUGUGGUUGCGAAAUACGGGUUAGCACCACAAAUCCGGGCUAACCCCGAUGACUUAAAUCCAGUGAUGUACGAAACGCUCCGAUUAUAUCCUCCCUUGGGGCAAAUUGUCAACCGUAAGACAUCUGUACCUAUAGAGGUCAAUGGUAUUCGAAUCCCUCAGAAUACUUAUGUUGGCUACCAUAAUUAUGCUACUGGAAGGGACCCACUGAUUUGGGUAAAUCCUGAUUUAUUUGACCCAUCUCGCUGGGGGAGUACUCCGGAACAAGUGAAAGCUAAUUACGAACGUGCUAAACGGAUGGCUCAUUUGCCUGCCUUUCAUGGAAGAAAGAGGGCGUGUUUGGGCCAGAAAUUCGCCUUACAUCAGUGUACUGAGCUCGUUAUGGCCGUGGUCAACCGCUACAACGUUGCAUUAGAUCCCGAAUGGGUAGAAAAGUGGACGCCAGCGGGACCCAUUUGUCCCGUAAACCUCAAAAUGAAGUUUACCAAAGUAGAUGAAGAAAACUAG